GCGUUGGGUGAGUAGAGUCCAGCCUUUUGUCGUUUGACAGUUCUCAUUUGGGAUUCAGCCUUCCUUUGCGCAGCUUGGCCCAACCAGACUCUUCCAUGCUUGUGUGGGGCUCAGGGCGCUUUGAGUCGACUGCUUUGAUGUUUGAGGCAUGUCUCCUAGGAUCUUUCCUUUUUUCGCACGGUUCCGCUCACUUGGACUUGGCCAUGUCAAUGUUUGGCAUUGGUCGCCCUGACUCCUCCCCUUCGGUCCUGGAUGUUACAGAGCUGGGAUUUGCGCUUCCUCCUCACAGCCUGGCCUGUCUGGAGCUGUCAUCCUUCCUCUUUGGUUUCGGGUGUCUCGACUUCUUGGUGUCAGCCCUUGACUCUGCCAGCAUUGGAUUGUUGGUAUCUAUUCAAAGCCUCGGCUGUCUGGGCUCCUUGUUGCCACCCUUUCGCAUCGGCCGAACGGACUUCCUGACUUUGGUCUUGGACUUUCUUCAUUUGGGUCCAACGCCUUCCUGCCGAAGCAUGGCACGACCGGACCUGACCUUGUUGAUCUUUGCAACCGGACAAGGAACUGCAUUGUCUUCGUUGGAUUAUAACCAUCUUGAUUUAUUGCCAUUGGCCCAUAGCAUGGCAUAUGUUGGAUUGGUUCUGUUUCCCUUUGGCAUUGGCUGUUCUGACUUGCCGUUGUCGGUGUUUGACCUCCUGCAUCCUGGCUUUUCCAUGCUUUUGAGAAGCAGCGCAAGAACCGGCUUGCUCCUGCUGACUUUCGGAACGUGCCGAAUGGUCACCAAAUUCUUUGUCUUCGAUUGUGCCCACACAGGUUUCCCACUUUUCGUUCGCGCCUUCUCUAGCUCAGGGUUUCGACUUUCAACCUUUGGCCUGGGAAGGUUUGAUCUAUUGCUCUUGGUGUUUGACAGCGUUCAUUUGGGGCCAAGCCUUUCGUUGCACGGCUUGGCCUGUUUGGGAUCCACAUUUCCUACCUGGGGCCGCACGCAGCCAGGUUCCCCAGUGUCCAUCUUCGAUUUUGGCACCAUAGAACUGCUCAUGUCGCUUCGAAGCCUUGGUCGCAUGGGCUCCUUUUCGUUUAUCAUGCGCCUGGGACGCUUCGGCUUUUCUUUGUCGGUCUUCGACUUUUUGCAUUUGGGUUUGUUGAUGUUGGCCCACAAUUUCGCAUUGGUGGGCCCUGCCACGUCUACUUGCGGCUUAGUUUGGGCUGAUUUGCUGGUGCUGCCCCUGGAUCCCACACACAUUGGUUCAUCCGUGUUCGUAAGGCAGCUUGGACAAAUGGGCUCAUUGCUUCUUCUGUGUGGCUUGUCACGCUUUGGAUUUUCGUUGUCAUUGUUUGGCUACUCUGUACCAGAGUCCUCUGCUUCAUUGCAAAGCCCUGCGUGGUUGGAAUCAGCACCUUCUCCACUGGACUUUCACUCUGUAGAAUCUUCGAUGUUUAUGCAAAACCCUGCAUGCCUUGACCUUGCCAUGCCGGCAUUUGGACUGACAUGCUCUGGCUUCCCAUUUUCAGCCCUUGACUUUGCACACAUUGACUUCAUGGUGUCAAUCAGGUCGCCCGGACAAGCAGAAUCUGUGGUUCCAGUGUCCGGUAAGUUCUGUCUCGAUUUUACCUUGCCAGUGUUGGAUUUCUUCCGCCUUGACCUCUCAUUGCCAAUGCAAUCGUAUGCAAGAGUAGGACUGGCAUCUUUUGCGCUCGGAGUGGCUCGAGUUGCAUCCAGCCUAUCACUCUUUGACUGUACAGCCCUGGGAAGUAUGUUGUCCGCGCGCAGUGGAUAUCGCUUGGACUCAAGGCUUUCAGUUUGCUCAACCAUUCGAUUUGACUCUUCGCUCUUUGCUCUUGAUUUCGUGAACAUCGGCAGCACUCUGACAGCACAAAUCUCUGAUGGGGCAGGCGAUCCUACGAAGAUUGUGAUCAGCUCGACGACCAUGGAGAUGUACGCAGCUUCGUACAGAGGCAUCUCGGUCACAGCCGCUGGUGGAACCUUGCACGGUGCUUGGUCUUCGGAGGCCAGUAUUACCACCUCCGAUAGACGUCUCAAGCGCAACAUCCAGCCACUGUACGAAACCAUUGCAAGUCAAGCAAAAGAUCGCUGGGAAGGUUCAGGAGCAUCUGGACCCAAGCCGAGUGAAGGCGACCAGGUGAAGUGGCUGCUGCGUGAACUACGCCCUGUUUCCUUCCAGCUGAAGCGGGGAGCAGAAGCCAAGUGCGCCCAGCAGCCAGUGGUGCUUCACAGGUACCUGAAGUUCGGUUUCAUCGCACAGGAGCUCGAAACCGUCUUCCCAAAUUUGGUGCGCACAGUCGCAGGCGACACCAAAGCGAUCGCGAGCCAGGUCCCUGCGAGCUUGGAAUGUGGGGAUGGCAUGAGACCUCAUUGCAGUGCUCACCCUCGCAUUCCAGAACCUCCAGAAGGAGCUGCCACUGAUGAGCAUGACGAGUACAAGCAAAAGGUCAUGGAACAGGAUCUCGAGUUGCAAGACCUGAAGAGAAGACUUGAUCGGCUCGAAGGUGCGAAACGUGCGAAGCCUGACUCGUCCCAGAUCAUCCCACAUCCAGUGUCUGUGUUCAGUGGGAUUACAACGGGGGCAUCCAUGGGCAUCCCAUAUCCGCCAUAUCCUACUAAAAUAUAG